AUGGAGACCACAAAUAAGCAACCACUUCUUUCGGAGACGGACGAGGAGACGUAUCUUGUUAGAAACCGGUCCUCGACGUCCUCCUUCGUCAUACACAGCGACGACAUUCCUCCGAUCACUGGAACUCGCCAAUUCUGCCUCCAAUUUCUGGUCGAGUCGAGGAAGCUAUGGUUUCUAGCGGCCCCCGCCAUCUUCACCACCCUCUGCCAGUACUCUCUCGGGGCCUUCACCCAGACCUUCGCCGGCCAUGUCGGCACCCUCCAGCUCGCCGCUUUCUCUAUCGAGAACUCCAUCAUCGCCGGCCUAUCUCUCGGCGUCUUGUUGGGAAUGGGGAGCGCGGUGGAGACCCUGUGCGGGCAGGCGUACGGGGCCGGACAGGUGGAGAUGCUGGGCGUGUACCUUCAACGCUCGUGGGUCAUCCUCCUUGCCACGUCAUGCCUCUUAAUGUUUCUCUACAUAUUUGCAUUCCCAUUCCUGGUGGCAAUCGGGCAGACUCGGGCCAUCUCGCGUGCAGCGGGGAAAAUGGCCCUGUGGAUGAUCCCACAGCUGUUUGCGUACGCCCUCAAUUUCCCAACCGCCAAGUUCUUGCAAGCACAGAGCAAGAUGGUGGCCAUGGCCUGGAUCUCGGCCGUGGCCCUGGCCCUCCACGUGGCGUUGAGCUGGCUGGUGAUGUUUAGGCUGGGGUGGGGGAUGCCAGGUGGCGCUGCUGUGCUGGACGCUUCGUGGUGGUUCAUUGUGGGGGCCCAGCUAAUUUACAUAUUCAGCGGGCCCUGCGGGAAGGCGUGGCCGGGCUUCACUGUUCGGGCUUUUCACAACCUCCGUGCUUUAGUCACCCUCUCCCUUGCGUCCGCCGUCAUGAUGUGGUUAGAAGUAUGGUAUUUUAUGGCAUUGAUACUGUUUGCGGGAUAUUUGAAGAAUGCACAAGUUGCCGUUGCUGCUUUAUCCGUUUGCACAAACAUUCUUGGCUGGACAAACACGAUAUCUAUUGGAUUCAAUGCAGCCAUAAGCGUAAGAGUAUCAAAUGAAUUGGGAGCAUCUCACCCAAGAACGGCAAAGUUCUCAGUGGUGGUUAUGGUGAUAUCAGCCUUCUUGAUCGGCCUCUUAGUUUCCAUCUUGCUUCUUAUCUUCCAAGACGAGUAUCCUUCCUUGUUUUCCGACAGUUUGGAAGUCAAAGGCGUUGUAAAUGACCUCACGCCAUUGCUCGCUUUCUGCAUCGUGGUCAACAGCAUCCAGCCUGCCCUGUCUGGCGUGGCUAUCGGGGCUGGGUGGCAAGGUUUGAUUGCGUACGUAAAUAUUGUGUGCUAUUACGUUUUUGGUAUUCCUUUGGGUCUGAUUUUGGGGUAUCCGCUGGACAUGGGUGUUAGAGGUAUAUGGUACGGGAUGGUAUCAGGAACAGUUGCACAGACUCUCAUACUCUUUUGGAUUGUGUAUACAACUGAUUGGGAGAAAGAGGCUUGUAUUGCUGCCCAAAGGAUCAAGCAGUGGAAAGGGGAAGUGAAUAUCAAAGCAAAUGAUGAUGAGGAGAAACGAGCUCAAUAG